AUGAACAGCAAGUUCACACAUUGUUAUCAAAAGUGUUGCUCGAGGGUAAGUAGACCAUCAAUAUUGUCUUCUCAAAUGUUUUUGAUCUACUAUUUAUUCAUUGAUUCUGUUUUAGCGCGAACGCGAUCCUUCGCCGCGAAGAGUUUCAACUUCAUAUUAUCGACCAGAAUUUGUUGUCGGGCCGCCGGUAAAGCAGAUGCUUCAGUUGCGUUCCGAACUUCCGUCGCUGUUUGAACCCAUCACUAACCGUCAAGAAUCUUUCCAUCAAAUUAACGUGAGUUUUGCGACCUUUCGAAAAUCGAAUUUUCUCAUUCUGUAGAUAAAUUUACAUUCAAAAACCAAUUCGAUCUGGAAAUCGAGUUUUUUUGUGAUGUUGUAAGAAACAAACAUAUUUGACAUUCUUCUUUUCUUUUUACCCGUUCUUUUACUCCACUCAAUCACUCGCAAAUAAACAAAUAUCUCCUAGGAACAUGAGAAGAAAAAAGAAAGAAAAAAAAGAGACCAGUUGAUAAGUAAACUUUCUCACUAACUCAAGUUACUUUUUUAUCAUAAUUCAUUAUAGUUUUUGUUUUUAGCGUAGACCAAUGCGUUCCGCCAACCACCAUCAGCCACAACAACAACAACAACAACAGCAGAUUCCAAUGAGUUACACUAAAAUAGCUCGAACUCCAAGUUCGGGAUUUUCUAGUGCAUCUUCGUCGGAAAAUAUGAUGAUGUCGGGAUUGUCGAUUGAAGAUCAACAAAAAUUCCAUGAGGAUUUGGAAGAUCCAGCUAUUGAGGUUGAUUUGAACAUUUUUAUGGGAAGUGCUUCAAAAUUCCCGCAACCACAACAACAUUUUAUUCCAAAACAACAAUUGAUACAAAAGCGCCCAAAAGAGAAUAGUUAUUCAUUUGUGAAGCAACAACCUGAUUUUGUGGAUGCUUUGUAUUCUUCAACUUCUUCCGGAAUUGCAAGUUGUUCGACGGCGGCUAGUGAGAAAGUUAGUUUUAAAAAGUUUUAUUUUUUUUAACUGCAAAAAUCUUGAAACAUCAAAAGCUUUUCUGUUUACUCUGCCUAAACUCAAAGUAACAAAUGUAUUUUUGACAUCAAAAAUCAAUUUCAAUUUUGUUUCCAGUCACAUCAUGCCACCACCAAUCUUCACCCACAAACUAACUCAUCUUCGAGUUAUGCUCCUCGUUGUCGCUUUUGUUGGGAGUCGUAUGUGGUGUUGACACAAACCAUGACAGGAGUUACUCCAGUCGCCAAGAUGGCAGGACCUUGGGAUUGGCACGAUUUGAUGGAUGCACAGCGGAAUAUCAGGUUGGUUGGUUUUGAUUUUUGUAAAAAAAAACACGUUUUAUGUUUUUUUCUAUAUUUGUUCUGAUACGAACACACAGUUGUUCUUUUCAUUUCAAUAAAAAGGCUAUGACUAAUACAAAAAAUGUGAUUUUUCAGAUGUCCACGCUUCUGGUUUUUUGAAAUGGAACGUGCAGGAACCAUGAUGAAAACCAUGGAAAAUCCACAGCAACAACAUCAGCAAAUGGAAAAACCACGUGGAUCUACAGUAAUCUACUGA